AUGUUUCGUCAGAGGGCUGGCCAGACUCGUUCGGCUUCGCCGAUUUUCCGUAUUGCGGUAACGUGCGCUUUUCCCGCCGCAGCUUGGCGGGUUUCGUCCGAUUACUUGCGUUCCGCGGCAAUCGCCGUCUUUUCUACUUCCAAAGCGAUCUUUGCCUCAUCAAGCUCGUUGCGCUCUUUUUUGAGCAGGGCCGCCUUGUUUUCGUUGGAGCUUUUUGAUCAACGGCCAGUUUUUUCUCAACUUCCAACUGAGCCUUUCCUGCCUCGAGGGUAUUCCCCCGUCGCUGCAGUUUUGCGAUCCAUUCCUGCGCCUCCUUCUGGAGACGGUCCCAUCUGGUGUCCAAGGCUUCGCGACCCCUUGCGUACACGCGUUUCUUUUGUUUUAGCUCUCUUUCACGAGUGGAGACGUAUCGCUCACGGUCUUCCAGGUUGGACUUCUGGAAAUCAAGCUGUUCUUGAAGCUGCUUUGCGUCGUUGUCCACAUUGCACGUGUGAAGCGUGUUGA